UUUCUACUUCGGCCGCGAUGCAGGCGCACACCCCCCGAAAGCACAAAUUUAAGCGGUCGCUUCAGGAGAACUCGCGAAAAAGGGCGAUCGUCAUUCUAGAAGGCGCCUAUCUGGAAGCCGCGAAAAGCAAAAAGGGAAACUACGAGUUGCUCAACAGUGACGAUCACGCUACUCUGCUGAAGAAGCUGAACCGCGAUUGGACGGAAGCCCGUCCCGAUAUCACGCACCAAUGCCUGCUGACGCUACUGGACUCCCCCCUCAGCAAGGCUGGCCUUCUAGAUGUCUACGUUCACACCAAAAAAAAUGUUCUGAUCGAAAUCAACCCGCAAACGCGCAUUCCAAGGACGUUUAAACGGUUUUCCGGCCUAAUGACUCAGCUACUUCACGAAAACAAGAUACAGUCCAUUGCGGAAGAAGGCUCUAAAACACUGAUGAAGGUCAUCAAGAAUCCCGUCACUCAGCACUUGCCUAUCGGAAUCCGAAUUAUAGGUUGUUCCACCGAAGGUUCUCCGACCAGUUUAAAAUCGUUUUCCGCUACCGUCGAUGCGAGUCAGCCCAUCGCCUUUAUAGUUGGAGCCUAUGCGAAAGGCAAGGACUUCUUUCCCUAUGCAGAGGAACAUAUAUCUAUUUCCAGUUACCCUCUCUCCGCAAGUGUAGUUUGCAGUAAAAUAGCCAACUGCAUGGAGGAUUUGUGGGACGUCACAUAGGCUUAUAUCUGCACUCAAAAAAUUUUUGUGCGCGUUGUGUUUCUGUCAGGUGGAGCGUUGCGCGCAAUCUUUUGCAAUGCGUGGCGAUGUCUGCAUAUCGCUUUCACCUCUCCGGUGUGCUCACGAUGAAUGCCGGUGACUCGCCAUUGCCCAAACCUGCACUUCUACAUCGGUCCUUCCAAAUCGUCAGUUCGGAAAUGCAGUAGGCGCUCUUUCGACGAUAGGCGCCGGUCAAAAGAGACCGACCAAGCACUCGCUUCUCAUCAGUCCGUCAAGAAAAUUUUGGCGCGCGUUUAGAAAAGGCCAAUUCGAAAAUGGUGCCUCUGUCGCUCGGUGAUUUGAGCUGUACAGAAAAUGCGAAUUCCUGCACUGAACGUCUAGCUCUUCAGAUGGAAACGAGAAGGAGCGAUCCCUGUAUUGAGCAGACACUAUAUGGGCGUUAAACGCACAACCUUGAGUGCAGCGAUUUGAACCAAAGCGAGUAUAGGGCCCUCGAGACGAGCAUCGUGUGUACAGAUUUUCAUAAGACCUCUUGCAUCACUCUGCACACUCUCUUGUUCGGUUCACCAGGUUGGUUCCUCAUCGCUUUCAUACAUAGCUGUAACAAAAUGCUAAGACCUACUAUGGAUACGUGCAUUGGACAACGGUUCGUUCGUACUAUGCUGCAUUCCAACGCUCUCAUCUGAUUUCGACAAGUAAAAGAAACGGAGCAGCUAUUUUUUUAGAAAUA